AGAAUAAUCUUCUCUUUCCAUCUAUAAAUACCAUAACAAUGUCUUUCCUAAAGACCUCCAAAACCAAACCCAUAUUUCUCAUAGAUCUCUUCCAUUUCUGCAAGUCCAAACUUUAUAAAUAAUUCUCAUUCUUUAAAGUUAAAGGUCCCAUCUUUAAUUGAUCAUUCACAUUCAAAUUUCAAUAAAACUCAAAAUCUCCAUCCACCAAUGUCCACUUACAAGACUCCAUUUUUCUCAUCCGGGAUUCCCUUAAUCGAUUUCUCCAAACCAGAUGCCAAAACCCUUCUCAUUAACGCCUGUGAAGAAUACGGUUUCUUUAAAGUAAUCAACCAUGGAAUCCCAAUUCAAUUCAUCACCACACUUGAAUCACACGCCACUCAAUUCUUCUCACUUCCCUUGUCUGAAAAAAUGAAAUCCGGACCCCCAAACCCAUUUGGAUACGGUUACAAAACCAUCGGUCCAAACGGGGACGUCGGUUGGCUAGAAUACGUCCUGCUGACCACCAACCCCGACCAGUUCACUACUUUUCAAGAAAACAUCGAAACAUUCCGGUUUGCAUUGAGAGAUUAUGUAGAAGCAGUUAAGGGAAUGGCGUGUUUGAUUCUUGAAGUAAUGGCUGAUGGGUUAUUGAUUCAAGAGAAGGAUGUAUUCAGUAAACUUCUAAUGGAUGAACAGAGUGAUUCAAUUUUCCGGCUAAACCAUUAUCCUCCACGACAGGAUGGAAACGGAGGAAGCUUGAUUGGAUUCGGGGAACACACAGAUCCACAGAUUAUAUCUGUUUUGAGAUCAAACAAUACUUCAGGCCUUGAGAUUUCUCUUAGAGAUGGGCAUUGGGUUUCCAUUCCCCCUGAUCAGAGUUCAUUUUUUGUCAACGUCGGCGAUUCCCUGCAGGUGAUGACAAACGGGAGAUUCAAAAGUGUGAAGCAUAGGGUGGUGAUUGAAGACAAAAUGGAAUCAAGGGUAUCGAUGAUAUACUUUGGAGGUCCUCCAUUGAGUGAGAAGAUAGCUCCAUUGCCUUGUUUGAUUAAAGGAGAAGACAUGAUCAGUUUGUACAAGGAGUUUACAUGGUUUGAGUACAAAAAAUCUGCAUAUACCUUAACACUUGGAGAUGACAGGCUAUGUCUUUUUGAGAAUAAUAAUAAUAUUGCUGCAGCAGCCUUAUGAUCAGUUUCUAUAUAUCCGUUAUUAUUAAUAAGAACUAUAUUAUAAGAAAACCCUAAAUGGGAAAAGGGGUUCAUUUUAAUUACACAUGUUUCAACUUUUAUUAUGAAAAUCUCUAUACAUGCAUU